AUGACAACUAACGACGGAGAGGAAAAAGACUGGCAAUCUGGUCGUUCCAUUGCAGAAUGUAACCGGUAUAUGUUCGCGCAUCAGUUGGGAUGUGACGUCACAUUUCUGGUCGGAAACGAUUCUAAACCGAUUCCAGCUCAUAAAUAUGUCCUCGCUAGCAGAAGUUCUGUGUUCUUCGCCAUGUUUUAUGGAGCAGUAGCAGAAACAAAUGAAGAGAUUCCAAUCCCAGAUAUAGAACCGGAAGUGUUUUCUACUCUGCUUAAAUAUUUAUACUACGACGAUCUUGCAGUCAGUGGUGAGCAGACUGCUAGUUUGAUGUAUGCAGCAAAUAAAUACUGCGUGACAAAAGUAGUAAGAAAAUGUCGCAAACUACUACAGGAAGCGCUGACCGUUGAUACAGUAUGUUCUACAAUGGAGAGUGCGCAUCUUUUUGACGACCACGAGUUACACAAAAAAUGUCUUGAGAUGAUAUUGCUAGAGCCUCAAAAAUGUCUCCAGUCGGAAGCGUUUCUUCAUUUAUGUCCGGAUUGCUUAAUGCCGAUUAUAUCGUCCGAUGACCUUAUAAUCGAUGAAGCCACAGUGCUAAAUGUACUGUUAAAAUGGGCGGAAACCGAAUGCAGACGACAGCAACUCACCGUAUGUGAUGUUAACAUAAAGAAUGUUUUGGGAAAAGUUUUGUACGAAGUCCGUUUUCCGGUGAUGGACAUUCAAUUUUUCGCCGAUAAAGUUGGCAAAAGAGAUAUACUUUCAAAAUCCGAGCGGAUCAGCGUGUUUACUUUCCUGUGUGGCUCUUCAAAGUCUAUUCCUGAUGACUUAUUUAAAACAGCUUCUCGGGGACAACGGCAACUUCAAACAACGAUAGCCCUGCAAGACCCUCAAACUCCACAAAACACGCACACACCACAACAGAGGAUAUGUCUGCGAUUUCUGCGUGACGGCCAUGUUGCGUUACGAAAUGAAAAUUUAUGGUAUGUAGGUCAAAAGUCAGAUAAAAUAGACUUUUCGGCAUCCAAAACAAUAUACAUUCAUGGUAUCAUUCUUUACGGUUGCGGAGUUGAAUCCGCAUCUUAUACAGUCGAAGCCACCAUUUUGAGAGCAGGACUUUCAACGACCAACCUUUCUAAAAUUCAUACGAAAGUUGCAGUUAACAAAGAGAAGACGUUCAACAUCUUCUUUCCAAAAUCAAUAUACAUAGUCCCGAACAUUCGCUAUACAAUAACUGUAAUAAUGCAAGGACCUAGAACAUAUUGGGGAGAAGGCGGGGAAGAACACGUGACAUCAGACGGAGUUAAAUUUGAAUUCAGCAAAACCAUUGGGGAAACAAAUGGAACUGAUACUGAUCAUGGACAAAUUCCGGGAUUGAUAUUUUCAAAAUAA